ACGACACUGGGAAAUAGAAAGGGGAAACAAGUUAUUAACAAACAGCGAGCCCUUUUCAAAACCCACAGGCUGAAGCCUAAAAAUGUCGAUAGAAUCGCAGUCAGUGACUGAAGACGAAGAACAAAUAGGAAUCGAACAGCCAGCGCACCACCCACCUGCUCCUGCCGACGAGUUAUUUGACAUCUCAACCACGGUUGAUCCUAGUUAUGUCAUAUCGUUGAUAAGGAAACUUCUACCACCGACCAUGAAUGCAACUGCUACUUCUGACAUGGUUAGUGGCUGUGUUUCUGCUACUGAAGGAACAAAUGGAAGCUUGGUAUCACAAGCUGAAGAUAAUUUAACGGAAAACAGACAUGAGACCAUGGACAUCAUUGAUCAGAUCAACACCUCAAACAAGCAGGAAGGAAAAGAUGAUAGUUCUGAUGAUCAAGAAAAGCAUGUGGAUCCCUUAGUUGGAGACGAAUCUUGGGAAGAACAUGGAUGCAUAUUAUGGGACCUUGCAACAAGUAGAACACAUGCUGAACUCAUGGUUCAAAAUCUGGUUCUUGAAGUUAUCUUGGCCACUCUAACUGUUUCCCAGUCACCUCGAGUCACAGAGAUUAGUCUUGGAAUUAUUGGGAACCUUGCUUGCCAUGAAGUAUCACGCAAAGAAAUCGCCUCUGUAAAAGGAUUGGUUGAAAUAAUUGUGGAACAACUAUUUGUAGAUGACACUCCAUGCUUGUGUGAAGAAUUUAGGUUAUUAACUUUGUGUCUUCAAGGUAAUGAUAGUAUAACUUGGGCUAAAGCCCUGCAGCCUGAGAAUGUUUUAUCUCGUGUAUUAUGGGUUGUAGAAAAUACAUUGAAUCCACAACUUAUAGAAAAGAGUGUAGGUUUUCUGCUGACUAUAUCAGAAAGUCAAGAUGAAGUAAAAGCUAUUCUUCUCCCAAACUUGGUGAAAUUAGGUCUUCCAGUAAUUCUAAUCAACCUCUUGGCAUUUGAGAUUAGCAAAGUUGUGGGAGAUGAACGAAUACCUGAAAGGUACCCAGUUCUUGAUAUCAUUCUUCGGGCUAUUGAAGCACUAACUGUAAUAGACAGCUGUUCACAAGAGCUUUGCUCCAGUAAAAAACUUGUUCAUCUUCUUGCCACUCUGAUUAAACUUGGUGAUAAAAUUGAGGUAGCCACCUCAUGUGUGACAGCUGCUGUUCUAAUUGCCAAUCUAUUGAGUGACUCUGAUGAUCUGAUUUUAGAGUUAAAUCAAGAUUUGCCUUUCUUACAGGGUCUUGUGGAUAUAUUCCCUUUUGCUUCGGAUGAUUUAGAAGCUAGAAAUGCAGUUUGGGAUAUCAUUUCAAGAUUAUUGGGUCAAAUUCAAGAAGGGGAAAUAAGCCCUUUAAAUCUCCAACAAUAUGUAUCGAUUCUAUCAAGCAAAUCAGAUUUGAUAGAAGAAGAGCUUCUUGAUCACCAGUUAGCUGCUACAAAUAAAGAUCAAGAAACUUCAACUGCUUCCAUAAGAACUACAGCACUGAAAAGGAUUGAUUGUAUUGUAAGUCAAUGGUUAGCAUUAAAGGAUCGGGUUAGCCCUAACAAUUUUGGGGUGAAUGAACGUGAUCUUGGUAGAUUAAAGGACUGCUGUUGUAAAUAUAGAAAUGAUUCUGUAUCGAGUUUGGUGAUGCAAGAUGUGAAGGGUUCAUCGGAGAAGAUGCUUCCGUGAAAAACUUACGUGGCAAAAUGCAGAAAUGUGAAAAUAGUGACAUGGCACUAAUUGUUUUUGCACGAAAUAGCUGGAUUUCAUUAGUAUUUAGUUGCAAUGUACUUUUUAUGCAAAAUACCAAGUUACUGUUUUGUUUUCUACCAAUUAUAGCAAAAAAAAAAUGUUGGCUAGAACUUUUAAAUUUUGACAUGUCAAUGAAUAGUGUAAAUUGGUUGCUAUUUUGCGUUAAAAAAACUACUCUACUGUGCCGCACAAUUUUCUCCAAAGUUUUAAAAUACAUUUUGAACAACUUUUGACUAUAUGAUUUGUUUUUUUUUUUUUUAAAAUUAAUUUGUUAUUUAUCUAUUUGAUUCAUUGGAAAUAAAGCAUUAUUAAACUAUCCAAGCCUCCAAGGUAUCAAAAUUGUCCAUGUGUCCAUUUUCAUAACCCCUAAAAAGAUUGUAUUCACAAGCACACGAUUAACACGGCUCACUCGAGCACUUUAUUUGAACUAAAGUUCAGGCGUACAUAAAAGACAAACUACGAUGAGAUUGGACCCCUCUCUCACUCUCUCAUGAUAUGUUUUCUUCUUUUUCCGCAAUGAUAGUCAUCAACGAGACCCUAAACCAACCAUCACUGCCGUUGAUCAUACCACUCAUCCCUUAGUUGAAGAUUGCAGAUAACGCUGCUCAAAACUUACACCUACAGUUUGAUAUUUACUCUCUCCGCCAUCUUCAAUAUAUCAGAAUAUAUCCGAUCACCACCUAUCUCCUCCCCAGAAGCUCCGGCAGCCACCCUCAAAACAUCUUCAAUCAACGCCACAUUCCCCAUUAUAUCAACAUGGGCCCCACUUUCCAAACCCCUCCCCUCCAGCAAACUCCCCGGAGCUUUAUGUCUAUACUCCCGUAUAUGCGUCCUACUCCCAGAUGGAUUAAACCUUGUUUUCCCUCUCCACCCUUUCGCACACAUAAACCCCGCACUCAAAACCGGUACACUCUCAUCCCCAUCAACAAAGUAAACUCCGCCACGUAACCACUUCCCCUCCGCUGAGCUGUCAAUCUGAAACGGAAUUGUAUUGCAUUUGUCAGACUGUGAGACUUUAUACACAUAUGAUCUUUCUGUUGGAAGCCCCACCCCGUAUAAACAGUAAAUCUCCAUGUCUGGAGCAUGUGGUAGUUUUGUCUCUAAUGGGUUUGACCAGUAUUUGUAAUGGGAAUAUUUCGGGUCAUCAAGAUCCGAUGCUAUGCCAUGUGAGAAAUGGGCCUCUGCCCGUUUCAUAGUCUUUGGAGCUACAAACCGUAGUAGAUCGAUCAAUGUUCCGGCUGUGUAUGCUUUGUUAUCCGCAAGUUUCAUGAUGUUCUCACGGCUGAUCUUACCAUAUUCAGUCCAAACCUCACCACAAUUCAUACCCGAAUCCAACUUAUCUUUUACAAGGUCAUGAGUUGUGAGAUUUGAAGAAUGUUGCUCGGAAGCUGUUUUCCCAAAUGAAAUGAUUCUUCCGUAUUUCGUUUCUUGUUUAAUUUCGAUUUGAUGUUUCGUGUUGUUUUGUCUCUGAUAACUACUUACUGUUUGGAUAUCUUCUGGGGAGGAAUCUAAGUCACCCCAAAUGGUGUCUCCCCCUUUUGGAAGCAAUGAAAUCACAGAGUCCCAUGUUCGACCUACACGCAUCAUGUGUUCUAAAGUUUGAAGCCCUAGAAUCUCUGAAUCUAACACACCAGGAGCCAUGGCUCUGAAAAAAGCAACGUCUUUGCCUUCGGCUGAUAGCAUCCCGCUAACUGCCUUGGGAACACCAAGAAACGCCGGUCCGAUGUUCAUGAUUGCUUUGAUAUGCUUGUCACACCACCCUGGACCACCGCCACCACCCAUCGGAGGUGGGGCUUCCACCCAUUUGAGGAAGUGGAGGAAGUAGAUGACACCCAUGGAAUGUGGCACCACCACCACUUUCUUGUUACCAUUGGUUACAUACAUUAGCUCGAUGUUGAUCUUCAAUCUGCUUAGCGCUUGAUCCCUUACCUCGGUGUUUUGAAAAGAAAGUCUCCAGUCGUAAGCAGCCAUAUACAUAUUCUUCCCUUCGUACCCAAUUUUAGCCAAAUUCUCGAUAAGAACAGCCCAAACGAAAUACCCAGGAGCAAAAUAAUCUGCUGCAACAAGACCCGGAACCGGUCUGACCCGAAUGCCUGGCGGGUCGAGUCCUGUUUCAUUGUCGAGUGACAAAUGCUCCAACCAACACAAUGGCCUGAAUUUUAAACAAAUAAGUCGUAUUAAAAUUCAACUUUUUUGCUACUAGAAAAUCAAGAUUGAAGGUGGUUAAUUAAAGUUACAAAAAAAAAAAAAAAAAAACCUCUGUAAGAUCUGGGCAAAGCUACCACCCCAAAGGCGUUUGCGAAAAAGGCCAUGAGAACAAGGUCGACCUUCCCAAAGCUCAAGGCCACCGGUGACGAUUCCAGGGACCAAAACGACAGGGUGGAGUGGGGUUAAUCCUUCGUUCUUGAGCCUUACACCAGGUGAUUCAGGGGAUUUGAACCCAGACAAAUGAGCAGGUAGACAAUGGUACAGAAACAAGAGUAGCCACCAAGUAGUACACAUGCACCCGAUGAACCAACAACAAGAAUCUAUACACUUCCACCCUCUCUUAUUCUUCUUCUUGUUCUUAUCGCACUCUUGUUUUGUAAUUGUUUGAAUUUCUUCUUGUUUCUCGUCUUUUGGGGUUUCAGAUGAUCCACAGUUUUUCAAUGUUGGCUCAAUGAAACACAACUUUCGGAACCGAAGGAUUGCCGCCAUUGAUUUGCACUUGAGAUAGAGAGCUAAAACAAUUAAAAAAAAAAGUCGAGAUUUUUAUACGAAUUUAGGAGAAAGAUAGCUACCCAUGAUCGAACUCGAGAAAAGCCAGAAAAGGAAAUUGAGAUCUUGAGUUGGAUUUUUGCCAAAAUUAGGAGGAAAUGGUUAGCGGUGGAAUACAGAAAAAGGUGAUGGUUGAGCUGUCAAGUGUGUAUCGAGUUUAGUGAGAGCCGUAGAGAGAGAAUGGAGUAAAUAUCGACUGCUGUCUCUGCGAAGAGAGAAAGAGAGCCACUUGUCUCGUGUACAUCUGAAUGCAAAAACCUUCCUCAGUUGCCACCAUUACAACCCCUUUUCAAGCUUUCUUUACAUAUUCCUGAUUUAACGAGGA